GAAUCACAAUUAAACCAAAUCUUUGACUAGUAACAAAACUUCAAACAAAAGCUAAUUUUUUUCCUCUCGAUCUCUCAAGCCUCAUUACAUAAACAAAUCCUUUUCUCGUCAUGGCAGCAAUGACCACGGCAGCAAUUCCAGCAACUAGAUCUUUCCAGAAACAAGAAGAGGAGUGGCGUGCGGUUCUUUCUCCUGAGCAGUUUAGGGUUCUCAGAUUAAAAGGCACAGAUAAACGAGGCAAAGGAGAGUAUACAAAGAAGUUCGAGGAAGGGACUUAUAGUUGUGCUGGUUGUGGAACUGCUCUUUAUAAAUCAACCACUAAGUUCGACUCCGGUUGCGGUUGGCCGGCUUUCUUCGACGCCAUCCCCGGUGCUAUUAAACAAACUCCAGAAGCAGGUGGAAGAAGAAUGGAGAUAACAUGUGCAGUGUGUGAUGGACAUUUAGGCCAUGUUUUCAAAGGAGAAGGUUACUCUACUCCUACCGAUCAACGUCACUGCGUUAACAGUGUCUCUCUCAAAUUUGCUUCUACUAAUUCCUCCCAAUAAUCAGCAUUGAUCGGACCAAUUUAUCUCAUGUAAUCAAGAAUCUUUAUUAUCCGUGUGACCUUGCUAGGUUACAUUCCUAUACUCGCGUAAUAUUAUGAGAUUCCUAUGUGUGUGUUUUUUCUCCACUUUCCAAUAAAUCAUAUUGAUUCCUCUUCGUUUGAUGUACACUCUAUAAGUAUAUCUUAAUAAACUUUGGUUAAUA